UACGUGCCCAUGGGGGAUGUUUGUGCCCGUAGAUGAUGGAUGGGUGCUGAUGGACACGUGGUGAUGGGUGAUGAUGGACAUGUCCAUCAUGGACGUAUGGCGGACGUGUGCCUGUAGCUGAUGGACACGUGCCCAUGAGUGAUGCAGGACACGUGCUGGCAGCUGAUGGAGAUGUGUCCCCAGAUGAUGGACGUGCCCGAGUGCUUCUCCAGCGUGGGCCGUGCCGGUGGGAUGCAGAUGCUCUCCUUGGCGCCCGCCUGCCUGCGCCGGGGAAAGGGGGUGGCCCUCCACGAGCUCAUGCACCUGGCCGGCUUCUGGCACGAGCACAGCCGCGCCGACCGUGAUGACUACAUCCGUAUCUCCUGGGACCACAUCCUGCCCGGUUUUGAAGGCAACUUCAUGAAGUCCCGGACGUCCAAUAUGCUCGUGGGCUACGACUACUCCUCGGUGCUGCACUACAGCAGAUACGCCUUCAGCCGGAGCGGGGCGCCCACCAUCACGCCGCUGCGGCCCCCGACGGCCCCCCUGGGGCAGCGGCGGGAGCUCAGCGCCUCCGACGCCGCCCGCGUCAACCGGCUCUACGGCUGCCGGGGCCCCGCAGCAUCUCCGGGGCUGAGCACCCUCGUCCCAAGUGCCCUGGCUGCCGCGGGGUUCCCCGGCUCUCCGGCACCCACCUACCGUCCCCACGGGACGCAUCCUACUGCCGGAGCCCGGACGGAGGUGGCCGGGACCGCGGAGGGACGCGCCGGAGGAUGCAGCGCGCCGGAGACGAGCGCACAAACCCCGUGCGCGGAGCCCGGGGGUUAUUGCAAUCAAUAA